AUGAUCAAGUCUGCCGCGUUCUCGUCGGCGCGCUACGAGAGUCCAGAGGAGGCGCGUGGAAAGUUCCGUGUCGACGCAAUCUGGGACUGCAAUGCCCCGAAAUAUCGCGUCGCGUGCCAACAACUCCAUGUUACCAAGGUAAGCGGAUGCUUGGACUGACGUCAAUCCAGGCGGAAGAAAUUCAUAAAUAUUCAAAAGGGCAUUCGAUGCUCUGCGAGAAAAAUUUAAAGAUUUUUGAACGGAAUGACGAAAGCGCGUUUUGCAGGCCACGAAGUACAUCGGAAUGACCCAAUUGUUCGUUAUCGCCCUCUUCUCGGUUUCUCUUCUGUUCGCCUACACUUCGGCUCUGAAGAUCGAGGAAUCCGGCGAAGGAACCAAGGAAUGGUCCAUCAACUACUACAUGGCCCGUUACGUAUCCUCCCUGCUCUCGGCACUGACUCUCCAACUCGGACUUGUAAGCACAUAUGCUUCUCUCCGAAUGUUCUCUCAUCUCGUUGCAGGUGUUGAUGAUGCUCCACGGAGUUCGUACCAACCGCCGUUCCCUGCUCGUCCCGUACAUUGCCUUCGCGGCCAUCGCUCUUUUCCUUGCUAUUUUCCAAAUUUCCCUUGACAUUAUCAACUUUGUCGAUACCAAGGCAUAUCAGAAAAUUGGAGGCGAGAACCCGGCCUCGGCCAUCCUCGUUCACUUCAUCGGAGUUCUCGUUCAUGUCUGGUGCAUGAAGGUCGUCUGCAAAUGCUACUCAUUCUACGGAGACAAGAACGUUAGUGCUGACCCUCAACAUGUAUUUUCAAUUCUAAACUAUUCUUUUGAAGGUCGCUGAAGCCAUUGGUCAGCAGCUGCAAUCCACCUCGGUCGCUUUCGCCGUCGAUUUCACCCGUCCACCACCGUACUCCCGUUUGCCAACCGAUGUCCAACCACUCACCCAGGCCUAA